GCUGAUGCUGAUUUUGCCAAGCUAAACAUUUACAACGAGAUUUCUUUACCAGAUCCCUUUCCACAUCAAGGCAUAAACCAAACCGUUGUCGUUCUCCUAGGAAAAAAGAACAAGUGUGAGCAUGCACCAUGCUAAACUAAAAGGCACAGCAAACUGACAAUAAGAGAAUCACAACACAAAAGCCAACCAGCAUAGAUAUUGGAUAUGCAAGUAGGAAGGGAUCACAGAUGAGAGAGAGAGGCCAGGAUUUGCACACUAGAUUACAAAUCAAGCCUAUAAAUGUGCAACUAGUCCUUUCUUCCAAUUUCCAAAAUUUUAGCAACAAAAGACUUGAAAGUUCUUCAAAAUUUGGAUAAGAAUCUAAUUCCUUCCUUGCACUUAAUUUGGAUGAACUUGAGAUUAAUAUAUUUCUGAAUUUUUUUAAUAAACGGUGCUGAACUUGUGCUACAAUUAUUUUACUUCACUAAAAUAUGAAGUCUGUAAAUCCUAUGUGCAAUAAUUUAAAUUUGUGAUCGUAUGUACCGUGUUUUGCUACAUUAAAUACUUGAUAUUAAAUCGAUGUGUUAUUAAGUAAGUUAUAAUUGGUCAUAAGAAGUUGCAACUAAAUAAAAAAGGCGAGAAAUUAAGUAAUCGAGUAUAAAUAAAUAAACACUCGUAAAUCUCCUGGCAUUUAAAAGGAGUCAUAUCUAAUACAACUAUAAACAAGUGAAGGAAAUCAUUUCGUGAUAACGGUGGCAUUUAAAUGAUUAACUAUUUAUGAACUUUAUGCCAUUUUGAGUGGAACAAUUCUCCAUACAUUCGUACCACCAGGAUGAGAUGAAUGAAAUUCAUUCAAUGAAUUACUAAUUUGAGUAAACUAAACCACUCAAAUAUUUCCGACAAUGUGGAUUCGACAUGAGUGACGAAUAAGGUCGCCAUUUCCGCCAGACCACACCCACUCGAAGGAGAGAAAUAUCACCGCCAAGUGGGUGGUGGGCUGGACAAGUAAUAAUCAUGGAGACAAUUACUACGCAUCAUCCCACGCCCACAGAAAACAAUAAUUACAACCAGGGUCCAGGCAAAUUAAUACCGAGAUGGAAACCCUCCGUGAAGACGAAACAUGUACCAAAGUGUUCUCUAGUGGAUAAUUUAUUACCAUCAAAAUGGAUCAUGGUCACCGCGUCGGUAAUGAGUGUCAUCCUUGCUCUCACCCACUUUCAACCUGUGGAAGGGUACAGCAUCCUGCCUAAAGCUCAGCGGCGUCUCGGCGAUGCAUAUCAAGAAUCCGUCUACUACGACCCCGAUUCCCUAUUGGAGUUGCAUACGAGGAGAAAGCGUGAAAUCCGGGAUGCUGGAGAGGAAUUCGAAUUCGGAGAACCACUCCGAUUUACAUUACAUGCAAAAAGCCGCGACUUCCACCUCGUACUAAAACCCGAUGAGGAAGUGUUGCAUCCCGGGAUUGAAAUUGAGUCAGCGACAGGACACAAAUCCACGUAUUCUCCGAAGGGAAACGUCUUUCAUGGAUAUUUAGAAGACGAACCUGGUUCUUCCCGGGUGGAAGGGCUUGUCACAUCAGACGGUUACUUUGACGGUGUGAUUACCACGGGAGAUGGCGACCAGUUUCAUAUCGAACCGGCCGAGCGCUACAUCGACUCCGCUACGCCUCCCACCAAACAUUAUUCAUACUCUCCCGCCGGCGUGCUAUACGAUUCUGCCACAAUUCCACUUCCCCCCGAAGACGAAUCUCAACACCUCUUUCAGCACAUUUCUCACCCUACGAACCUAAAUUUUUCGUCCCCGCCCCGUUCCAAACGUGCCGUUACACUGGACCCACGACGAAAAACGUGCAUGCUCUACCUCCAAGCGGACCAUUUAUUCCACGGUCACCUGGGCUCAGAAGAGGCCGCCAUAAACAUGAUGACCCGCCACAUUCAGCGUGUCAAUGAAAUCUACCGCGUCACGGAUUUCGACGGGGACGGGACUCCGGACGGGAUUUCCUUCAUGAUCAAGCGGAUCAAGGUGCACAACUCGUCGAGCGGGGUCAACUACCCGUACCUCGGGGACUUCCAGGUCAUCAAGUUCCUCGAAAAAUUCAGCGAAGGGGACUAUGAGUCAUUCUGUCUGGCCUACAUGUUCACGUUUCGCGACUUUGAAGGGGGCACGCUGGGAUUGGCUUGGACGGGAGAUUUGAAAAAUGCGGGCGGCGUCUGCGAACGGAAGGGGCAUUUCCGUGGGGGGCUAAAAUCCUUGAACACGGGGAUCAUCACGUUGCUAAAUUAUGGCAAAGUCGUCCUUCCCGCGGUGUCAUAUGUCACCUUGGCGCACGAAAUAGGACACAAUUUCGGAAGUCCGCAUGAUCCCGAAAGCGAGCGGGAGUGUGUGCCGGGUGGGCGAGAUGGCAAUUAUAUUAUGUUUGCCCGAGCAACGGCGGGUGAUCAGAGAAACAACCAACGCUUCUCACCAUGCAGUUUGCGAUCGAUUAGACCAGUGUUGGCCGCCAAGGCGAGAAACAUUCAUGGCUGCUUUACCGAACCGAAGAAGGGAAUUUGUGGCAAUAGGGAAGUCGAGCCCGGCGAGGAAUGCGAUUGCGGUUGGGAAGAAGACUGUACGGAAUCCUGCUGCUGGCCGAACCGCCUCGACCCUCCCCCCAACGAGACGCCCUGCACCCUGAAACCCUUCACCGCCUGUUCCCCAUCCCAAGGCCCGUGCUGCACCUCGGCCUGCACCCUCACUGCGGGAAACGCUUGCCGAUCCGACAACGGGUGCCGCCACACGGCCUCCUGCUCCGGCCGGUCCGCCGUCUGCCCCUCGUCCGUGCACAAACCCAACAAAACCGUGUGCGGGGACGGGGCUGCGGUGUGUUUCAUGGGCGAAUGCACCGGCUCCAUCUGUCUCGCGUACGGGCUCAACUCGUGCCAGUGCUCCCCGCAACCCUGGGACUCGGCGGGAAAAGUGUGCGAGCUUUGUUGCAAACAGCCCGGAGAUGGCGCCCCAUGCUUGUCCUCCUUCGAGCUUAACGACGCUCCCUACGACGUCCCAGACCUUUAUGCAAAACCAGGAUCGCCCUGCAAAAAUUACACCGGUUACUGCGACGCCUACCGAACUUGUCGCGAGGUCGAUCCCUCCGGACCGCUGGCGACGUUGAGGAAUUUACUACUCGCGGACGAAGGGCUGUCGGCCAUUGCGGCGUGGAUCGAUACGCAUUGGUACGCCGUCGUCAGUUUCGUCGCCUUGCUGAUCGUCAUGAUGGUCCUCACCGCAAAGCUGUGUGGGAAGCAGGCCAAAAAGAAGCUGCGCAAGAUCACGAUCCUCCACUCGAACGUAGACGCCAUUCAGAUCGAGCGGUCGUACUGGGACGAAGGUGGCGAGGAACACGUCGUCCAUCCCGCCGCGGUCAGGAAGAAGAUCCCGCUGAGGAAGAAGAUACGAGAGAAGAAGAACAAGGGCGGGAAGAGGAGAGGUUCCAAUUUGAAUGGAGGUGCCAUACUGCAAAAUGGGGCAGGUCCGUCCACAUCCAGUGGACCUCCGGCAGGGGGCGGGAAGGAAAGUCAUCGAGGUGGGGUGAGAUAUGGGACCCUGUGGAGAAAACGAAGGGCGGCUGAAAGGUCCCGCCUCACCACCGGAAGUAGCAAGCACAAGACUGACAAUAAUGACCACUCUCCACCCUCACAACCCGUCCAGAGCUUUGAUCUCGUCAAACUCAACACGCCUCCUCCCGUGGCCGCGCAUCACAAUUCCGCAGCGGGAUCGUCAGCACCAGUGAUUUAUCCCAGUUUAGUUGUGGCUGAGGCCGCCACGCCGAGCACGAGCAGUGCCGGACCGCUGCCUCCCGCCACCACGAAAAAUGAGCAUCAGUACGAAGCCAAAACCGCCAUUUUGCCCUCGGCGGGAGACGCCAGGAGAAAGAAAAGAAGUAGUCGACGUCCUGCCCCGUCGGGAUCUCCCCGAGAGAAAGAAGGUAAAAUUUCCGGCAGGACAAGCAAACCGUCCUCCUCCUCCCGCAAUCCCGCCAAGAUGCCCGGGGCAAUAGGGAAAAGUAAAAAGUCCCCAUCGGGAGCUCGUCCUGGUAAGAAAUCUGUCACCACACCCGUCGCAGAUAAGCCCAAGACAACCAUGCAAAUCGUCUACACGCCGCCCUUCUCGGUGAAAGUCGUCCACGUCCCGGUUCCAACGGACGCUGCUCCCACGCCGACGCCGACCACAAGUCAGCCAUCGAAAAUUACACCGCCUAAAAAGAAAACUCCCGCCAUAUUGGACACGCCCCUCCCGCCCGUCCCGGAAGGGGCCCUCCUCCCCACGCCGCUGGUGGUGGUGGAGGACACGAGCGGAGGUGGGCCCCCACCCCCCUACACCACGCUGCCCCCACUUCCACCCCAAGAGGCCGCCCCGCCGCGCCCACAGUCGUCGUCUUCGUCCUCGAAGCGGGUGAAAUCGUCGGGGUCGUUCCUCUCCAAACCGCGGGGGGCGAGGGGGAGGAUCAGGAAGGAGAAAGGCGAACUCAGGGUGCUAAUCCCACCGCCAAAUUUGAACGAUGACGAAACAGAAACGCCAACGCCAGGGACUUAAUAAUCAUUAAUUAACCUAUACAAUGAUACCCAUCCAUAACUAACAAAAUGAUAAUCAAUUCAUGGCUAGCUUUGUAACUGUCUAAACUUUAGAAAGUAAUCAAGUUUACGGAAAUCUUGAAUGCAACUUUAGUCAGGAAAAUGUUUAAGGUUAAGUAUCUCUUGAGUUUGCAAAGUAUUCUUUUAUGAAGUUUACUCAUCCUCAGUUUACAAACGUGGCUUGAAGUCCGCCAUUAAAAAUUAAUUUAGUAAUUUAUACAAACUUUAUAUGCACGUAUUUAGUUUGGAAUUUAUUAAUUUUUUAAAUAACUAGUUUAUGUAAAUUGACGCGAUUUUUUAGCCUAAUUUAUAACCAUCCUGUUUUAUGUGUUGCAUCUCAGCCUGUUAAAUAUACAUUUGAUACAAUUAAAUAAAGGACAUAAAUAAGAUUGCAAAAAGUA